CCUCCUGCUCCCACGGCUGUUGAGGCCGCCAGCGAUUAUCACUUCUGCCUCUGCCGCAGGCUAUUAUUUGGACUGUAUCGGUCUGUUGCUUUACUUUCAUAGUAUUGGCCAUUGCCAGAGGUUCCCAUUCGGUACCUGAGUGUCGCAGCUGCAUCCUCGAUAGAGUAUGAUUGUCGCAGGGAAAUUGGUGUCGCCAGGCGCCGGCCGGACGGCCUUUCUUCGAGGCCAUAUUACUUCUACGAGUGUUACAUCCGGAAGAGCGCCAGUCCUCCGAUCCUUGACGCAGACACGCUUGCUGAGCCGCUCCCGCCUAGAGCGACCGCCGACCAAUGCUUUUCAAUCUUAUAAUCCUAUCCUCCCCGUCUUCUCUCAGGCUUCUCCCUUCCAGAUCAAUUUAAUACGAGUUCUCCUCCCUGCUAAAAGAGCUUUCCAGACAUCAAGUCUCCGCCGGCAACAGCAGCAGGAGAAGUCAGAAACAGGAAAAACCACGAGUGAAUCAGCGAGCCAGGAAUCGGCUGAAAGUGGUGGUCAGAAAAAUGAGGAGGCAGGUGAGAAGGAGACCAAGAAGGAAAAGGAGGCUCCUCCCCCGCCACCCCCUCAUGGCGACAAGACUCCCUGGCAGGUGUUCACGGAAACAUUAAGGUCUGAAUUCAAAGCGUCGAAGGAGUGGAACGAGUCCACAAAGGCCCUAGCUUCCUCGGCAAAUCAAUUCACAGAGAGUGAAUCGGUUCGAAGGGCACGCGCUGCGUACCAGGCUGCUUCCGAUGCUGCUUCUUCUACAACGUCCUCUGCUCUGAAACAGACGGGCCGAGCGCUUGGAAAGGGAGCAGCCUGGACUUGGGACACGUCAGUAGUUAAGGGCCUCCGGAAGGGUGUCACUGCUACCGGUAAAGGUAUCGAGAAGGUUACUAAGCCGGUCCGCGACACUAAGGCCUACAAAGAGAUGAAAGAGGUCAUAGAUGAUGGUAGCAGCUCUCGCUAUGGAGGCUGGGUUGAAAAGGAAGAGCGAAGGAAGCAAAGAGAAUUAAGAGAACUUAGAGAUGUGAAGGAGGGCAAACUUCACAAAGUGGAACCAAUGGAAGAGGACCCCAACGCUGGCACAAAUAUCACUGUCCAUAAAGAUGCCGCCUGGAAGGAAUCCUGGCGUGAAUUCAGGGAUUCCAGCCGCAUCAUGCAACAAUACUUUAAUCUCAAAAAUACCUACAAUGAAUCUGAGAAUCCUUUAAUUUCCACCGCCCGCAGCAUAUCUGACCGAGUGGCGGGCUUCUUCGCCGAGAACGAAACCGCAAUGGUGAUCAAGAAAUUUCGCCAGAUGGAUCCCAACUUCCAGAUCGAACCAUUCUUGCGCGAGAUGCGAGAGUAUAUACUCCCCGAAGUUUUAGAUGCCUACGUCAAGGGUGAUGCUGAGACCCUUAAGCUUUGGCUAUCCGAUGCGCAAUUCCAUGUGUACGCAGCUCUGGCAAAACAAUAUACCACUGCGGGCCUAAAAUCAGAUGGCCGUAUCCUUGAUAUUCGCCAUGUGGACAUCUCCCAUGCGCGGAUGUUGGAGCCGGGGGACAUUCCUGUUUUCAUCGUGACUUGCCGAACUCAGGAGGUGCAUGUUUAUCGCAACGCCAAAACGAACGAGCUCGCUGCCGGUAUGGAAGAUAAAGUCCAAUUAGUGACUUAUGCAAUCGGCGUGACCAGAAUUCCGGAGGACGUUAAUAAUCCGGAAACCAGAGGUUGGAGAAUGAUUGAGCUUCAAAAGUCCGGCCGGGACUAUAUAUGAUCGAAGUCCCAAUUUUGAUCUCUUUCAAUAAAAAUAAAAGAAGCGAAUGUCGUUUAUUCUUUCCAGGUCCAUCUUUGCCCUUCCUGCACGGUUUAAUCCCUGCCUGUUUUAGUACUAUUAUGUCGAUUCCCUUUCUUUGUCCUGCAUAGCCCUGGCCUUUGGAGCUAUUCCCGUCCUCGAUGUACACUAUUAUUUGGAGUCCAUAUAGAUCAUGAUCUGGUGGGAUAAAUGCCUUUUCUUUUCAUUUCUUUACGUUGUCUCCUUCGAUGCGUGGGCGCCUGUGACUUGCACCGGUUUUUCUUCCCAUAUGGUUGCAAAGGGGUUGGAUUUGUUAGUUUACGAGAUGCGUCAUCCUCUCUUCUCAUGGAUAUUCACUGUAAAUACAAGCAAGCUUUUAGGGCCUGCGGUCUGGAAAAUAAUAAGAUUGUCUCUCUUCAGCUUGAGCCUCUUGAAAAUGCC